AUGGCUGUUGCGACCAAUUCCAGUAUUUUUGCUAUCCCGAGUUUGUUUCAGGCCUCAACAAUGGUGGUUAUCUACCACUUGGACAGCUUUGAGGAGAGUCUGUGGGAGACGCCCGCAAACAUCAAGCAGGCAGUACUGCGGUUAAUGAGCACCAGAGGCUUAAUUACAGAUGACAACAUUGACAAGGUUUUGCACUCGCGCCUACAGUGCCUGGACCUCAGCAUCUCAAGGGUGUCAGACCAGUGUCUUUUCAAGUUAUCACAGCUCAAGCAUCUCGUCAAGAUUGACCUCAAUUCGUUUAAAGAGCCCAAUGAAUCAAUUACAUCAGCAGGUAUCGUUAGUUUAUCCAAGUCAUGUCCCCACUUGCAAAUUGUCUACCUGCGACGGAAUGUUAAUGUGACAGAUGAGGGGAUCAUUGCCAUCUCCAAGGGGUGCCCAAUGCUGCGAGAGCUUAAUGUUGGUGGGUGUGUCCUGCUGACUGAUGCCACGCUGAUUGCUCUGGGGUGCCACUCAAAGUACCUGAAGUCUUUAAAUAUUAGUGCUACACAGGUUACAGAUAAUGGGAUAGACAGCUUCUGCCAUGGUCUCUGCUCUCAGGUGUUGACAGAAGUAGAUAUAAGCGGAUGUAGAAAACUGACAGAUGAUGCUGUUGAAAUUCUGAUCUCUACAUGUCCACUGAUGAAAAUACUUCUAUUUGCUGGAUGCCCAAGUAUUACAGAAAAUGCCAGGAUUUCCUUGGAAAGCAAACUACUAUCUGCUGGUGGCUUGAAGAUGAAACAGGUGUCCUGGACAAUUUACUGA